UCAUGACUGUCAGCUGACACGGAAGUUUAUUCAUUGUGCAGCUGUCGCUUGGAAUAUUACAUUAUCCAGCAAUCUCCUCAUGAAAGUAGUUUUAUGAAUAUUUGUCAGUUGCUUGAAGGCUGUUGCGUGUGAAUCUAACAUGGAUCCUCGCGUGGCCGCGCUUAUCAUUUCGCUCUUCUGUGCGCUCUGCACCGGCGUCGCGCAAGACUUGGACACAGAGGGGCUGUCAGACGCGUCCGUGUACCUUCAGCAAGAGUCCAACAGCACCAACUCGUCUGAUCUGACUUAUGGGUUCAUAUCCUGCGCCGUGGCCGCAGUCUUUUUCGGGAGCAACUUUGUACCAGUGAAAAAGAUAGAUACUGGUGAUGGUAUGUUUUUCCAGUGGAUUUUAUGUGCUGCUAUAUGGACAGUCUCCUUAGUGGUGAACAUCAUUCUGAACAGUCCAAAAUUUUGGCCUCUUGUUAUGGUGGGAGGAGCCAUCUGGGCUACUGGUAAUAUAACUGUAGUUCCUAUCGUAAAGACUAUUGGGCUUGGUCUUGGUCUUCUUAUAUGGGCUUCAUUUAAUUUGCUCUUGGGUUGGGCCAGCUCACGGUUCGGUUGGUUUGGUAUUGGUGCUGAGACUGUUUCCAAACCAGUAUUGAACUACUGUGGAGCAGGUCUUUGUUUAGUUAGUGCCAUUGUUUUUUUCUUUGUGAAGACUGAUGUUCAAAGGUCAUCAACAUCUGAAGAAACCCCUUUACUAAUAGACCAUGCUGUGAACUCAGAAACUGUGGUGGCAACAGAUGAUUCCUGGGUGGAUGCAUUAAGACCACGGACCAAACGUAUUGUUGGAACGUGUCUUGCUGUCGUCGCUGGAGUGCUGUACGGGUCAUCAUUUGUUCCAGUUCUGUACAUUAAAAAUCAUGCAGAUGAUCCAAAAAGCCAAUACAGUGGAGCUAGCCAGUUUGAUCUGGAUUACGUCUUUGCACAAUAUAGUGGGAUUUUCCUCACUAGUACAGUGUAUUUCCUCCUGUACUGUGCCAUCAAAAAAAACAAACCACAAGUUUUUCCAAAAGCAGUGCUGCCAGGAUUCGUUUCUGGCAUCAUGUGGGGUGUGGCCACGUGCUGCUGGUUCCUGGCCAACCACUAUCUCAGCGCUGUAGUGAGCUUCCCUAUCAUCACCACAGUUCCUGGACUGAUUGCAGCUCUUUGGGGUGUUGUAGUGUUUAAAGAAGUGAAGGGUUGGCAAAAUUACAUUGUCCUCAUCGUUGCUUUUUGUCUUGUUCUAUCUGGGGCAUUAUUGACUGCAUUUUCAAAGGUUUAAACCUUUUAAGACAAGAGCGAGAAAUGUACAAAACAAAGUCUUCGGUGGAGCGUUUUAACGUUAUAUUUUUUUAUUUAAAAACACUGCUGUUUUAAAUAUUUUAAAUAUUGUAAAUGAGAGAUUUUUUUUUUGUAUGCGGUUUAUACAGAUUACGCAGCUACAACAACCUGAAUAAAAUCAAGAAGAAUUAUAUUAGGGAGGGAUAUGGUCCUAAAAUACUUGAAAUGUUUCAGCAAUAUUAGCACAGAUGUUAUGGUAAUGUUAUUGGGAAGUUACGUAAUUAUAUCUCAUUAUAUUUUACUUCUAUUUGAAUUAUCACACUUUUUAAGUCAUGUUUACACUAUAGUGGAUCUCAUUUCACUAUAUGUUUGCACAUGUAAUGUUUAUUAUGUUUAUUAUAUUGAUGGAUCUGACUGCACUGGAUAAAAGCUGGAGUUAUGUAGCAUAAAGGCAAUAGAAAACAAAGCUUAUUUUAAAGCAAACUUUAAAAAGGUGGUGACUUUUUAUGACAAUUAUGCAAACUUUUCACAUCCAUUCCAUUAAAAUAUUGGGGGGAAAUGGCAUUAAUAUCACCAUGUUAACUUUUCAUGUUCUAAAAAGUAGGCUUUGUUUUCUUUUAUAUAAUUUCUAAGCAAUUUAUGAAAAAGUUUAUGAAAUAAUGUGAAAUUUGUAGCAUGUUAUUUACAGGUUUUACCCAUGUAAUGAUUCAUUGAUUCCUAAUUUGUUUUAUUGUUGCCAAAAUGCAUCAAAGGCCUUAGUUUUUUAUAUAUAUUUUUUACUUUACUAAAAGGGAAAUAAAUAUUCAAAUACAAAGUUAAUGUUUUUAAAAGUUAAAGUUUUUUUUAAUGUUUAAAGUUGAGUUUAUAUAUAUAUAUAUAUAUAUAUAUAUAUAUAUAUAUUGAUAGAAUAUGUUAUAAAGGGAAAUGCAAUAUUCCAGGUAGGCACAGUGCUGGACUGCCAUGCCAGGAAAUACAGGAAUUCCAAAGAGAACUUAAAUUUUCACUUGACAAAACAUGUUUAUUUUAAACUGUAAAAAAUGUGUUUUAAUAAAAUAACAACAAAGUGGAAAAAA